AUGGGUGAUAAAAACGAAACAUGGACACCAAACUACGACAACUGCGAUAAAGUCACGGAUCGUUGUCCCGUCGAAUACACCAUCUACCAAGACUAUCUCUCCGAACCAGCUUCAGGAUUCUUCGCGAUCGCUUUUGCACUCCUAUUCCUCGCACAAAUAUUCCAGGGGUUCCGGGCUAAAACAUGGUCAUACAUGAUAUGGCUGGGCAUCGGAACCGUCUUUGAAGUCGCGGGCCAUGUUGGACGCUUUGGACUGGGAAGAAAUCCAUGGCAGCAGAAUGUCUUUAUCGUGCAGUACUUAACGCUCUUAUUGGCUCCUACUCUAGUUGCUGCUGCUAUAUCAGUGACGUUCAAGCAUCUGGUUGUUUGGUACGGAGCAAAAUGGUCUCUUCUCAAGCCCAGGCUAUAUCCCCUCGUCUUUGUCGGUACAGACUUUAUCUCGAUUUUCGUCCAAAUUAUCGGAGGUGGCCUCACAGCUAUGCAAAGUAUGGGCAAGGGAUCUGAGACGACGCAGAAACUUGGAGAAGCGCUUGUCAUUGGAGGUGUUGCCUUUCAAGUUGCCAACAUGUUGUGCUGUGGCGGUCUGAUGCUUCUCUACGCUCGACGACGAAAGCAGGCAAUAAAACAUCGAGACCCGUUGAUGGGAAACGCGGCUGAUAUGUACACAACCGGCAUGCCAACUCGUGGGGGAGUUCCUGUUGCUCGAGAGGAGGCCACGCUAAAGGAGGCAAAAAGAGUCAAGUGGUUUGUCUAUGCUCUGGGUAUUGCUUAUACCUGCAUCAUCAUCCGAUGUGCCUACCGUAUCGCGGAAACUGUCCCAGAUAUUGGGGUAGAUGUUCUCCGAAACGAAACACUAUUCAUCGUCUUCGACGCAACCAUGAUGUUGAUUUCCAUCGGUGCUGUGACUAUCCUCCAUCCCUGCUUCUUCUUUCCUUAUUUGGGCCUCAGAAAGAAGCAGAAGAAUCAAAGCAAGGUCUAUGAAGGUUACAGAAUGGAGAGUAGUUCAGCUUUGGUUGGGCAGCAGCAACACCCGCAGCAAUAG